AUGUCAGACCCAUUAAGCAUAUCGGCUUCAAUAGCAGGCCUCAUCAGCCUGUCAACUGUAGUGUACCAAACACUUACGAAUUUCGCCGACAAGGUCGACAGAGCACCCAAGUCCGCCCAAGACAUUCUUCAUGCUGUGACGGAAAUGCGGUUUGCCUUAGUGUCGAUGUCUGAUCUCGUCGAUAGAUUCUCCCGCAUCUCUGCUAGACGCAAGGUCAUGGUACAGCUGGACCAUCUUGUUAUUUCUUUGAGCCGCGCUGUCAUGACUUUCACAGACCUGGAGUUAUUUCUCAGCGACUGGCCAGAGAUUUCAUCAAUGCAGAGUUCAGCGUGGAGGCGCAUUCGAUGGGCCAUGAAAGAAGACAAGGCUACGCACUUGAUCAAGAGGUUGUCGGAGAAUAAAAUUGCUUUUGUGCUUAUACUUAGUAUUUUGCAGAGCGAAUCAGACUUUGAGGCGCACACGUCAAGUCAAGCUUUAAUUGAGCAGAUGGACACGAUAAUAGCUGAAAAUCGGGAAAUGCGAAUUUUUAUGGAUCAGAUUGGCAAUGAUCUGCAGAGCAUUGCUGGAUCUGUUUAUAUACCAGGCGACGCAUCUACCAUAGGGUCUCCCAUUGUUCCUGGAUCACUCGCCCGUAUACCAACAGCUCUUCAUCCACCAGUUCAGCGUCCAAAUCUAGUUUCGUAUUUCAACGAUCAAUCUUUCGACCGAGCCACAGGAAGCAACAAUGUAUCGGAGACACAGCUCUUAGUGCCAUCAACAUCAGAGGACAGAUUUGCCUCGCGUUCUUUCCAUGCCCCCACUCACGCGUCAAAGAGGUCCUUCUCCAUUAUCCUGAAAAAGAGUUGGGUGUACAAAAGGGUCAGAACAUAUUCCCUGGACCUUUCGCUGAACAGUUCGACAUUGCAGAACAGGGCCUGGUCCAUGUUUUCUGGUGUCAGCCUCAACGAUGUGUCAGUUAUAUCCUUCAUUCGUCUACCACUGAGACUAUCAGAUAUUCCCCAUGAUGCUUGGUAUUGCCGUGCGCCCAGAGAAGUGUCUCCAAAUUACCAGACCUUGGGAGCAGAUGAUCCUUUUGUCAUUGCGGUUGUGGGUGAGAACAUGUCUGGAAAGACAUCCUUAGUCGACAGGAUCUGUAGUAAUAAGCGUGGGGAUAAGUUCACCCCUUCUAAUAAUUCAACAAUCGAGCUUAGACGUCGACUUGAGUCCCUUCACGAAGGCCAUCAGUACCCGGUAGAACUAAUUGACACCGCAGGGCUGGAUUGCUUCCAGCCUCUCGUUGAUGAGGCUAUUGCUGAAUCCCAUGGCGUCAUUAUCACAUGCCCAGCGAUAGAUGCUGACAUAGGAGUGCUGUCGAGACUGUACGAAAGGGCAAAGGUUAGAGGAUCUAUUGCCAGCGCCCAAGACAUUACCCCAGUCGUUAUUGCAAUCACAAAGCACGAUCUGGCGACUGAUUGGUUAGAUGAGUCAACAGUCCUUCGAGUCAAAGACUUUGCCAAAGACAAAGGAAUCGAUUUGUAUAUUACUUCAGCAAUGAAGGAUAGUGGCAUUACUGAUGUGUUUGGUGGCAUAUUUAAGUCAUUGGUAAAAAACACUACCAGAACGCCUUGUCUACUAGGCUGGAAGGAGUAG